AUGUUGUUACUCUAUUGGAUACUGACAUUGGCUCAGGUCUACCCUGUCCUGACAGCCCGACUUUGGACCCUAAACACCGAGGUCAAGUCGCAUCAUAAAGGUAGGCCCGCCAAAAGAGACUCUUUUCGAGAGAAGUAUUCUCCCCUUCCGAAAAGUCAAAAUAUUCAUCGCGAGGGUUAUCAACCUAUCGCAGUGACAGUUAAUUCUACAUCCUCGACUGCCUCAAAGUUCUAUCCGUCAUCUAGUUGUGGACCCAAUACAACUACAUCACUCGAAACUAGCACGACACCAAGUCCAACUACGCCUUUGCCAUCUAAGUCGAACAAAAACCCGUCAGACACUUCCACAAUGUCUUCAGCAACUACAUCGUCAAACAUCUUUGGGGCGCCAAUUGCAACUAGCGCCCCUGCAUCGUCUUUCCCUGUUCAGAAGGAGCAUCCAGUAUCUCGAAAAGGGAUCAACAAUAAAUCUGCACCGAUAGGUACGAAUAAAUUCUAUGCCAAUUUCUUUCUUGGUAACCAGACGUCGCCCACAUUCGUGCACCCCUAUUCAGUUGUUUGGGCGCAUGGUCAGGGAGCAUCGUCCAGCUGGGGGUUGGCGAUCUCACAUAUUGAGGCACACCAGAUGGUGUACGGUAAACCAUCGAAAGAAACAGGUGCCGCGCAAUACUUCUUGAGCCCCGUUGGCAUUCAGUCAUUAUGUCUCUCGGCGUUGGAACUGGGUCCAAAGACUAGUUUGACAACCGAUAAUCUGUCUGCACACUCGGCCAACGUCAACUUACACAGUGAUCCCAAAGCGAAGCCCCUUGUCACAUUCCCCUUAGUGCAAGGUAUGGGGUUCGUUACAGCUAUCUAUCAAGGAGGGACUCCGCUUAUUAAUACUGGUAUUUACUUCAAGACGGUCACAAAAUCAAUCAAGGGCCCUAAACCAGGCGUGACCAAGUACACGCUAUAUUUGGAAGACGGAAAAGUAUGGCACGUAUACGCCUAUUCGGAGAAGGGCGACACUUUUGACCUCACCGUCGUCAACAAUGGAAUGGCUAAGGCUGAGAAGCCGUUUAACGGCAUCAUUCAAGUUGCCAAGGAUCCAGGCGACGCCGAGACCGUAAUAGACGCCGCAUCUGGUGCAUACCCCGUCAAUGUGACGCUUUCCGGCUCAGUAUCUGGGUCGAAGGGCACAUAUACUUUCACUUUCGAGAAGGCGGGAAUUUCAGAUGUUAAACCACUAAUCUACGCUCUGCCUCACCAUGUCGACUCCUUCGACGAUGCGACCCAUAAAAGUAUCACGACGGCGAAGCUACAAACCACGACCAAGGGAGUAGCCGUGGGCGUGGUUGCAGAUUCGUGGACGAUGGUUGAACCUAAUAUGCCUGUCUCGAUGGGUCUUGCUCCUUGGGAUCCCGUCGACGGCGAGAAGAAAACGUUGAAGGAUUCUGCAAUCAACGUAAUCAACCCAAUAGCUAUGAACGAAACUGCCCAGGAUGCAAUCCACCAGUCGGACCAGAAUUCAAUGUAUUUUAGUGGAAAGGCGUUGGCGAAGUUCGCUGGAAUCUGUUACGUAGCCAACGACUUGCUCAAGAAUACGGCGUUGGCUGAGAGUGGGUUGAAAAACUUGAAAGCCGCUUUCAGUCGGUUCUCGGCAAACAAACAGCAAUUUCCGCUGUACUAUGAAACUGCCUGGGGAGGUCUUGUCUCUUCUGCGACUUACCAGACCGGAAAUGAUGGUGCAGACUUUGGCAACACGUUCUACAAUGAUCACCACUUUCACUACGGUUAUUUCAUCUACGCUGCGGCCAUCAUCGGCUAUCUUGAUCCUAGUUGGCUUACAAAAGACAAUGUCGACUAUGUGAACGCGCUGGUCAGAGACAUCGCCAAUCCUUCUCCUUUAGAUAAAUACUUUCCAGUCUCGCGCAAUUUCGACUGGUACCAUGGCCACAGUUGGGCUCAUGGCCUAUACGAAACCUCUGAUGGAAAGGACCAGGAAUCGAGCUCGGAAGACGCGAUGCAUGCCUAUGCUAUCAAGGUGUGGGGGAAAACGAUCAAGGAUGCUAAUAUGGAGGCCAGAGGGAACCUAAUAUUGUCGAUCAUCGCUCGUUCUAUAAACCAGUACUAUCUCUAUACUGAAGACAACGAAGUCCAGCCCUCCCAGUACGUGGGAAAUAAGGUUGCCGGAAUUUUGUUCGAGAACAAGUGCGAUCACAAUACGUACUUCGGGUCCAAGAUCGAGUACAUCCAAGGUAUCCAUAUGAUUCCGCUUCUACCCAGCACGAAGUUCACUCGACCCGCCAAUUUCGUGAGGCAAGAGUGGGCGACGUACUUCGACAAGGGCCGAGCCGAGAACGUUGAAGGAGGCUGGAAGGGGAUUCUCUUCGCCAAUCUAGCCACAGUCGACCCCAAGGCUGCGUGGGAUUUCUUUACACGGAAGGACUUUGAUCCUGGGUGGCUGGACGGGGGCGCUUCGUUGACGUGGUAUCUGGCGUACUGCGCAGGUGAGUCUACCUUAAUUCUUAGGCUUCAACAGGCUAACGAUAUUCUAGCCUUUAUGUGAUGGUCCGGCUGGGCUCGAUUGCUUUUACGACAGCCUUGGGACAUUUGCUAAUGAGUGGAGGGGAUAGGGGUUACCUGGAUAUAUUAAAGGCGUUGGUGGCCUACUUAGUUAUUUAUCGACAUGAAUAAUGAUUAUGAUUAGAAGGCGAAAUUUGGAGAAUAGGGACGAUAAUAUACUUAUAUUGGGUUUUGCGUAUCGACUAUAGGAGUACCUAUCCGUA